CUGAGGAGCAGCUGCGAGGCGAUAAAAACGUCAGAAGAGAAGACAGAAGGAAAACCAAGAAAGGAGCGACCGUCAUUUCAUCCAACGAUGCGUAGGCUACAGUGAGAAAAGUAGAUUAUAUGAAACAAUAAUAACCAGAGUUGAAAGGUAAAAUCAAUGGUCCAGAAAAGUAGUAUGUCCAGGACACCUUCCACUUCAACCCAGGAGAUUCAAAUGGACAUGUUCGAUCACGGUUCGCACGCACAGGGGAAGUAUGCAAAGAGAAAGAGUCGCUUCAAACGCUCAGAUGGCAGCACCUCCUCAGACACCACCUCCAACAGCUUUGUCAGACAGGGUUCUGCGGACUCAUACACCAGUCGUCCGUCGGACUCGGAUGUGUCGCUGGAGGAGGACCCCGAGGCUCUGAGGAAGGAGGCUGACAGGCAGGCUCUGGCCACCCUCGAGAAAGCCAAGACUAAGCCUGUGGCCUUUGCUGUGAGAACCAACGUGGGCUACAACCCGGGUCCAAACGAUGACGUCCCUGUUCAGGGCAUGGCCAUCUCAUUUGAAGCCAAAGACUUUCUCCAUAUUAAAGAGAAGUACAAUAAUGACUGGUGGAUCGGGCGUCUGGUGAAGGAGGGCUGUGAGGUGGGCUUCAUCCCAAGCCCCGUGAAGCUGGAGAACACCCGUCUGCUCCAGGAACAGAGGAUGAGACAGAACCGCCUCAGCUCUAGUAAAUCGGGCGGGAGCUCCAGUCUUGAUGUCGCCUCAGGAACUAGGAGGCCCACCCCGCCUGGGACAGUAGCUGAUUUCUCCGCGGGGCUCUAUGAUGAUGCCUCGGAUCUAGAGGCGGAGGAGGCCGAGCCGAUGGCCGACGCCCGGGGCGACCACCGGGGCGGGGCCGGUAGUGUCACUUCCCCUCAGGCCAACAUCCCCCGCCUGCCCUUCUUUAAGAAGAUGGAACAUAUCCCCCCCUAUGAUGUGGUACCAUCUAUGAGACCUAUUGUACUUGUGGGGCCAUCGCUCAAAGGAUAUGAGGUGACUGACAUGAUGCAGAAAGCACUGUUUGACUUUCUGAAACACAAAUUUGAGGGCAGAAUAUCCAUCACCCGGGUGACAGCGGAUAUCUCCCUGGCCAAACGUUCUGUCCUCAACAACCCCAGCAAACACACCAUCAUAGAACGAUCAAGCACUAGGUCCAGCCUGGCUGAGGUCCAGAGCGAGAUCGAGCGGAUCUUUGAGUUGGCCCGCACACUGCAACUGGUAGCCCUAGAUGCUGACACCAUAAACCACCCAUCUCAGCUGGCUAAAACCUCCCUGGCUCCUAUCGUCGUCUAUAUAAAGAUAGCCUCACCCAAGGUAUUGCAGAGGCUGAUUAAAUCUCGAGGGAAAUCUCAGGCCAAACACCUCAAUGUCCAGAUGGUGGCAGCAGAUAAACUAGCCCAGUGUCCCCCGGAGCUGUUUGACAUCAUCCUGGACGAGAACCAGCUGGAGGACGCGUGCGAGCACCUGGCGGACUACCUGGAGGCGUACUGGAAGGCCACGCACCCCCCGAGCAGCAACCCGCCCAACCCGCUCCUCAACCGCACCAUGGUGACGGCCGCGCUGGCCGCCUCCCCGGAGCCCGUGUCCAACCUGCAGCAGGGACCGUACCUUGUGCACGGAGAGCAGAAGCGCGAGGGGCCCCUGUCCGAGUGCGGGGCCGGUAGCGGCGGUCUCCACGACUACCAGGGCGACGGCGGUGGCGGCGGCGGCAAGCAGACUCUGCAGCAGCAGACGUACCUGCGCUCGUCGCGCGGCCAGACCCGGGGCGGGGGCGGCGGCGGCGGCAGGGCCCUGUCCCGCCAGGACACCUUCGACUCGGAGACGCAGGGCAGCCGCGACUCGGCCUACACCGAGGCCGGCGACUCCUGCAUCGACAUGGAGACGGAUCCGUACGAGGAGCCCGACCCGUACCGCUCCCGCCUGCACCCGGCCCACCACCACACCCCGCGCCAGGCCUCCUGGGAGGACGAGGGGGCCGAGCCCGACCAGGAGAACCUCAACCACGCUCAGGCGCCCACCAAUCAGCAGCACCACGGGCGGAGCAAGCUGCGGGAGCGAUACUGCCAGUCGCCUGCAGAGGGCAGUGCCAACAUCAGCCGGAACCAAAACCAGGAGGAGUGGAGCAGGGAUGUGUACAUUCGCUGAACUGGACGAGAGGGUGGAGAGGGGGGUGUAGGCAGGAAGGCUAGGAGGAGAGUAGUGGAUGGGAGGGUGGGGAAAGAAUGGAGAGGAUCAUUCAGGGGUUAGAAACCAUAUGAUUUUUUUUUUUAUUUUAUUUUGUUUUAUUUUCAGAGGUUGUGCCAAUCAGAAAGUCUCAAGCAACAAUCUGUUUACAGUCAUAGAUGCAGUUACAACCAUUAGCCAGAGCUACAGUGUUCAGACGACACACUCAAUGUUUCUCUCUCUCCGAAUCGCUCUCUCUUACACUUGCAUCCAUACACACACAACAAACACACUUUCUCUCUCUCUCUCUCACACACACACACACACACACACACACAGACACACACACACAUACAAAUGGCCAUAUGUACACAUUAACAAACAACAUUGUACGAUACACUAAAACAGACAUGAAAUUGUACAGACAGCUGAUUACUCCCAUACUCAUCUGGAGAAACUCUGUUGGUUUAUUGACAUCUUUGUUUUAUUUCUUCCCUGCCUUUUGUUUCAUAUUUUUUAUUUCUGCAUGGAUAUAACAGGCAGCAGGAGGACUAAUGCAAAUAUAGAGUGUAGAUGUAGAAUCCAGGGGUGUUGUGAGAGAGUGUGCUUCCAUGUAUGUCUUGGUGUCUGACUGUGUGUGUGUGUGUGUGUGUGUUUGUGUGUGUGUGUGUGUGUGUCAUGUCCGAAACAGGUAAUAGUCUGAAUGUCUGUUUCCAUGUGUGUUCACCUGAAGGCUGUCUGUGUAAAAAGGUCCUCUGUAGUCUUAAACUGAGUUGUCUACGUCGCUCAGUUUCUGCACCGAUCUGCUGGUUUUAGCUCUCACUUCACCUUUUAUGUUCAUAGUUGACAUUGCCAUAGUUUAUUCCUGUUCAUUUUAAAUUAUGUACAUCAAACUUAUUUAUUAUUUGUCAAACAUCUGUAUGAUACGGUGUACUUGCUGCUGUGUGUGCCUCCUGCCAACAGAGGGCACUAUUAGGGGUGGUCUGCUCCCUGUAGUCCUUCAUUGCACUGUAUUGUUCUCUCCUUGCUGUUGCUGGGGUGAUCACUCUGGCCACAGUGUUCUCACUGCAGUGGUGUGACAAGCCUGUAGAGGCCUUCCGCCUUAUCAAAGUGUCAGUCUCUCAGCAUCACUAAUCACAAGUGCCAGAAUGUCUCGCAAAAGCCACUCCUGCCGUCUUGGUGGGUUUUCUUAAAUCGUAUCCUGUAUGCUGUUGUAGUUUUCAUCUCUGUAAGUGAAUGAGUGUGUGUGUGUGCGUGCGUGCCUGUGCGCGCGCGUGUAUGUGUGUGUGUGUGUGUGUGUGUGUGUGUGUGUGUGUGUGUGACUGUCUGUAAAGUCACUUGGAUUAUGUAUUUCUUUUGUUUUUAUUUGGUAUCAGUCUGCUCCUUUUUGUAAUAUUGACGUAAUGAAUUGAGGAAUAUGAAGAUCACAUGCAAACAGACACUCACAUGUACAUAGGCUCAUGCGUAAAUAACACACACUAUGCACACACACACACACGCACACACACACACACACACACACACACACACAUUUGCACACUGACACAAACACACUCAUUGUCCACAGUUUUGUCUUUCUUGUGAGCAUACACACUGACACGCAACUAAGACACGCACCCACGAGCACCCACUGCCAAACACUGGAACAUAUGUGCUCGUCCUUUCUGCCUUUUCUGUGCUGUUUCUCCUGUGGACAGUUUCUGUGAGCCCUCAGCAGCGUGUGGGUUUAGACUGACGAUAUAUGGGUGGCUGAGCAUUUUGGAGGGUGAGUGUUGAUGGAGGUAGAGGAGUAUAUGAGGGCUGGGCAGGAGACUAGUCCUGCAUGGGAUGGGGGUUGGGUGUGAGAACCGGAGUGUGUGUGUGUGUGUGUGUGUGUGUGUGUGUCUUUUCGUGUGUGUGGCGGAACGAGUCAGUGAAUGUCUUUCAUGGGCCCCUGCUGCCCAGCCAUUUAAUCAGUUGAGAAGAAUAAAAAAAGAAAACAUCCUAGAUAAAUACAGUAAAUAUUAAUAAAUGAAUAACGUUAUUGUUGCAACAUCACAAUUGUUUAAAAGAGAAAAGAUGACAAAAAUGAACAUGUACUCAUUGGUGCCUGAUUGUAGCUCCAUUAUGCUUUUUUCUGCCUUUUUGUUUUUAAUCUGUGAAAAAUUCGUAUUUUAAUUAAAAACUUUAAUCAGAAA